UUAUUUUCGCAUCUCUGCCGGGCACGCUGGAUAUUCCUUCCGACUAGGGCUUAAUUUUUUCUUGUUUUCCGGGAUAUAUUCGCUGCACCCAAGAUGUUUCCGCAACGCAGUUCGGUGCUCUAUCAGACGCCGGCCACCCACGAUCCGCCACCGGCUCUGGAGCUGGCCAUGAACCUCGAGUAUCCCAAUCUGAACGUUGCAGAUCUCAAUGCCCGCCUUGAGAAUCUGUCGCCGCGGUUGCACGACUGUUGGGACAGCAUCUCCAUCAACGAACACCAGCACUUGGCGCUGGCCACCAACCGCCGCGAGGGCCGCCAAUGGUGGGGCAUGUUCUUUGGCUAUGGGCCCAGCAAGGCCAACUGCAUGACUGUGGACAGUGCGGACUUCAAGCUGCAGUCGCAGCACACGGUUAACAUUGUGCGUUAUGCGGACAACAACGUGCUGCUGGUGGCUCUGGGCGAUACACGCCUGCAGGCCUGGUCCACCUACUCGAAAGUCCGCAAUCCAGAGUCGCCCUACUGCCUGUUUCUCGUUGGCGAAUCCUGGGCACAUCCCACACCCAUAAGCCAUCUGAACGUGUUUAAUGUAAAUCCACAAAAGGCCGUCUCAGCUUCAGCAGAUGGCACACUUAAUAUAUGGGAUAUAUCUGGAGCUGAUUUGGAGAGCUCCUAUCACUCGCGCUCCUCCCACACUGACAAACUGACCGGCCUGGCCACACCAACCGUCUCGUCCGACCAAUUUGUAACCUGCGAUCGUGGUGGAUGUGCCCGUCUCUGGGAUGUCCGGGCAGCGGCCCCAUCUUCAGUGUGCCUCUAUGAUGAUGCCGCCCACUUGAUAAGCUUUACGUGUGCCGCCUUUGGGUCUUCCAAUUACGUCUAUCUCGGCGACUAUGAUGGAAAAGUUCAUACACUAGAUAUCCGUGUACCUUUAAGCCUAGUUAAAUCUGAGGAAUACUUUGACAACGGGCAUGUCUCGAAGCUCCUAAUUAAUGGUCCUCAUUUGGCAGCGAUGAGCAAUUUGCCAGCCUCAGUAAAGGUGGCCAAAUUGCAGGGAGAAAAACUAGAAAUUAUCUACAAGCACCAGGACACACAUUCGCGACUCAUGGACGCCGUUUGGACCGAUGACAGCACUUUGGUCACCAUUGGUCAUGGGCGCAAGAUGGUGACACAUUCCCUAAAGUAAUUCUACUGCCAAAUUUUGGGAUCCUGUGAUCACCAUAAUUAUUUGCUUGCAUUUGAGUAUGAACUGACCAAAUUUUGACUUAUGUUUAUGUAUUUUUUUGUAGCAAUGCAUAAAUAUAUAAAAUAUUUAUCUUGAAUGCAAAUUGUAAAAAUUACUGUAUUCAUACUGUAAAUACUUAAAUAUACAUUAAUAUGCUCACUAAUA